AUGGGUCCUCGAUUUCCACCAAAUACCAAGAUAAAAGAUUUUGGGUAUCCUGAAUCACAUCCACUACAUUAUGUAGUCUCCCUAAAUCAUUCGCGGAGUCUGCAACUACUUAUUGAAGAUGAUGACGAAUCUGAUGAAGAAGUUCAAAGGUUUUCCGAUAAUACAUCCACGAUAUCCUCCUCGGACGGCUCGUACCAUCGAUCGCGACAUCAUGAAAGCCUAAGACAUGAUAAGCAUGAAGGAUACGAAUACGAAUACGAAUACGAAUACGACAACGAGGGCCAUGACACAUAUGAUGACUAUGCAGACUUGGAGGAUGACUACGACGAUGACGACUAUUACGAGAAGGACGAAAUAAACUGCGAAGCUCGUGCUAUUUUUGAUUUCCAGCCAGAGAAUGACAAUGAAAUCGGUUUACUGGAAGGGCAAGUGAUAUGGAUCAGCUAUAGGCAUGGACAGGGGUGGCUAGUUGCUGAAGAUCCUGAAACGGGAGAAAAUGGGCUUGUGCCGGAAGAAUAUGUCGAAUUGAUUGGACUACUACGUAGAGGGGACCCAGACACGGAUGCGGACGCGGAGGACGAGGCGCAGAGGAGAGAAGUUGAAGAAGACGUGGCGAAGCCGUUCUUGCCUGAAAUAUUAAGAAACGAUGAGCCUACUGGAGAUGUUCAGAAGUCAGAUGAUGAUUGGGUCGACACCGAUUACGAGUCUUCCAAACUGAAUAUAGAUACAAUCGAGGACUUGAAUGACAAAGAGCUUUUUGUGGAUGCAUUGGAUAAAUCUAUUGAUAAAAUGAAGAUAUGA